AUGACGUUAGAGUGGGAAGCAGUGGAGAAAGACGUUAAGGAUACAAAUACUGCUCCAGAACAGAAAAUUUUGGCCACGAUGACAGAUGAAACAGGUGCAUGUGCAAGUAUCAACCCGUCAAAAACAGACGAGCUUAUUGGUCUGAUGACAGACAUGAUGAAACUGAUGAAAGAGGAUAAGGAAAGAACAACAGCUUCUUCUAGAUAUCAGCCACGUGGAAGAGGAGGCUAUGGUCGAGGGCAGCGAGGAGGAAAUCAAAAGGACUUGCAAUGUUGGACUUGUUAUGAUUUUGGCCAUACAAGCAGAGAAUGCCAUAAAAAUAGACAGACGGGACAGCGCGUGAAACCUGGUGGUUGCUGGACAUGUGGGAGAUCUAGGCACAUUAGCAGAGAUUGCAGCCAGAAUCCGGGAAACGAAAACAGGCUGAUAUGA